UCAGCCCGGCUCAUCUACACUCAGCCCCGCACUUCUUGGCUCUCCCCCCAACCCCUCCUGGCGUCUCCGCUCAGCCCCGCGCAUCUCAGCACAGCCUCCCCGCUUCUCUGCACAACCACCCCUCAGCUGUCACGAUGGGUGAAUCAAAUGAAGACAUAGACCAGAUGUUCAGCACUUUGCUGGGGGAGAUGGAUCUCUUGACCCAGAGUUUAGGAGUGGACACUCUUCCUCCUGCAGAACCCAAGCCACCCCGAGAAGAGUUUAACUUCAGUGUGGGGUUUAAGGAUUUAAAUGAGUCCUUAAAUGCACUGGAAGACCAAGAUUUAGAUGCCCUCAUGGCAGAUCUGGUAGCAGAUAUAAGUGAAGCCGAACAGAGAACCAUCCAGGCUCAGAAAGAGUCCUCUCAGAAUCAAGGUCACUCAGCACUUCUGGAGGCCUCAGAUGGCCAGGGUACAGCCCCAAGAGGUUAUGGAGCAAAUGCUGCUGCUUUUGAUGUUAGCGACUACGAGGAAGCUUUACCACCUCCACCAGCAGAUCCCAUGCUAGACCUUCCACCCCCUCCACCUCCUCCUCCUCCUAAACCUCUCUCUAAAGAAGAAGAAGAAGCCCAAGCAAAGGCUGAUAAGAUUAAGUUAGCACUGGAAAAGCUGAAGGAAGCCAAGGUUAAGAAGCUUGUAGUUAAGGUGCACAUGGGUGACAACAGUACCAAGUCACUGAUGGUGGAUGAGCGACAGUUGGCUCGGGAUGUUCUCGACAAUCUUUUUGAAAAAACCCACUGCGACUGCAAUGUGGACUGGUGCCUUUAUGAAAUAUAUCCCGAAUUGCAAAUUGAGAGAAUUUUCGAAGACCAUGAAAAUGUUGUUGAAGUCUUAUCAGACUGGACAAGAGACACAGAGAACAGAGUACUGUUUUUAGAGAAAGAGGAAAAAUAUGCUGUGUUUAAAAACCCUCAGAAUUUCUACCUGGAUAAUAAGGGGAAAAAAGAAAAGGAAAGCAAUGAGAAAAUGAAUGCUAAAAACAAAGAAUACUUACUUGAGGAAAGUUUCUGUGGCACAUCCAUCAUAGUGCCGGAACUCGAAGGAGCUCUUUAUUUGAAAGAAGACGGGAAGAAGUCCUGGAAACGGCGCUACUUCCUUCUGAGAGCUUCUGGAAUCUAUUAUGUACCCAAAGGAAAGACAAAGACAUCCCGAGACCUGGCGUGUUUCAUACAGUUCGAAAAUGUUAACAUUUACUAUGGGAUUCAGUGCAAAAUGAAAUACAAAGCGCCCACUGACCACUGCUUUGUUUUAAAGCAUCCUCAAAUUCAGAAGGAGUCCCAGUACAUCAAGUAUCUUUGCUGUGAUGAUGCAAGAACUCUCAGCCAGUGGGUUAUGGGAAUAAGGAUUGCCAAGUACGGGAAGACUCUCUAUGAUAACUAUCAGCGGGCUGUGGCAAGAGCUGGACUCGCCUCUCGGUGGACGAACCUGGGGACUGCCAGUACACCAGCUCAGCCUGCUGCAGGACUUAAAACAGGCACCAGCCAGCCCAAUGGUCCAAUGCCCCAGGCCGCGCCUUCUCCUGGUCCUCCUCUCCGAGAGACCCUGACACAAACUGAAACAACUAAGGAUGAAAAGCAAGGCUUGGCUAACCACUCCCCAGGAGCAAGCAGGGAGAACCACCGCCCUAAGAGCAGCCUGCUUCCACCACCCCCUCCAGUAAGACGAUCUUCGGACACCUGUGGCAGCCCUGCCUUGCCACCCAAGGCCAAGGGCCCUGGCAGCUGCACCUUCACCGCCCAGCCCGAGAACUUCCUGCCACCACCACCACCGCCGCCGCCCCAGGAGGACGACAACAGCAUGCUACUCCCGCCACCCCCACCCCCAGCCUACCUCGAUGAGCCACCGGAUUUCGUGCCACCACCCCCACCGCCUGCAACUAUUGAAGACUCUUCAUUGCCACCCCCGCCGCCACCCCCACCCUGUCUCUCCCAGGAGAUAACCAAGUCAUCUCCAUUGCCCGCCAAAAAGCUCCCAGUGCCCCCCAAGAGGCAAGAGAACCAAGGACUCCCUGGUGCCCCAAGGAACACGGAGCAAGAUUUUAUGUCAGACCUCAUGAAAGCAUUGCAAAAGAAAAGAGGCAACGUACCCUAGAGACAUGUCAGCAUCUGGGACGCUCUCUAGCUAGAUCCAUAUUUUGGUACUCUGCUGUCAUGCAUCUUGUUCAUUUUAGUAAAAUUUUUUGCCACUAGAAAUAAUGUAAAAACUCUUCACUGUUGUGCAUACUGUGUUCAUAGCCAUUAGACUAGCUGUAUUUGGAGUUUCUAACUGUAUACAUCCAAGCACACACACAUGCACAUCCUGUAUGUUUUCACCUGGAUGGAUUUUUAUCUUGCAGUACAAGUUAACUGAAAUGAUAUUCUGAAUAUGUUUCUGUGUGCUCAGAAGGCACAAAUUUUUAAAAUUAAAGUUUGUCUGAAAAUGGUA